GCGCGGCGACCAUGCAGGCGGCAGACGCAGACGCAGGCGGCCCGGCGGGCGGCGCCGACAACAGCCUGGAGGGCCGGGGCCAGGGCGGCUGUGGCGGCCUUUGCAGCGCAGGCACGGAGGCCGCGGUCGCCGGCGCAGCUCCGCGUGUCCCGCGACCACAGCACGCCCCGGGGCCAGGCGGAGAUGCCCUCUCCACGGCCGGAAGGCCGGAAACCCGAGUACACAUAUUCGCCCUCGGCGUGCCUUUCCCGUCCCACUUGGAGGCGGAGAUCGCCUGUGCGUCCUUGGCCCCAGAUCGGGAACCGCACGGAGGCAUCGUGGAGAAGCAGCUCACCGUAACUGACAGCGUUCUGGCCAUCCGCUGGAGAGCUGAAAACUCUCGCCUCCUCCGAAUUUCCAUCAUCAACUUUCUUGACCAGCUUUCCCUGGUGAUUCGGACCAUGCAGCGCUUCGGGCCCCCUGUUUCCCGCUAAGCCUGCGCUGGCGAAAGGGGGCUAAGGUCUAGCCUCGUGUCCCCCGUCUGGGCGGUCCGUCCUUCCUAGGGCAGUGAUGCCUGCACUAGCUGCCACCUGAGGUUGGGGGCCUGCCUGGUCUUCUGAGGGCAACGAGGGCCCGAGCCCUUGGGCACUCAUGGUCCCCUUGUUUUGUUUGCCAUUUAAAUGUUUGCUACUGCAGAAAAUAAAACUGAGCUUUGCUAUU